GUAACUUCACUAUAUUGUUUAAUAUUCCUGCAUUACAUCUGAUUUGACAAUCACAGGAGGUCACAUCUGGCCUAUAGUAAGAGAUAUUUAACUGGAAAUCGGAUGAAUGAAGCAUGAAGCUACUUCGAGGGGCAAGUUCUAGCCUAAGGCUUUACUUGGAUGUCUAUGAAACCCGGCAGUGUCUACAAGGGGUCACCCACAUUCAGACACGGGCAACCAAACCCUGUCAGGCAGAUUAUUUAUGGUGCAUCGCAGAGACUGUUUUACCACUGCUGCUAUUCAUGGAACUGCAGUGAUCUUUAGAAAGGAGGAAGCAAGUGAUGAUGAAUGGACAUUAAAUCAAGUAGCCAAAUAUCAGUGUCACUGUAUGGAGUUUGUCCUACAUAUCACCCAACAACCCUUUGAGACAUUAGACAGAUGUCAAAAUGCAGCCCUACUAGUAUUAGUGAUGGUUUUGUAGUGUCAUAUAAAGGAUAAAUGUUUCUUUUUUUAUUCUCCAGAGGCAGGAUGGAAGAAGCAGAACUCUUAAAGGAGCGCCUUCAAGCUAUUACGAAUAAGAAAAAAAUCCAAGAAGAAAUUGCCCACAAACGGCUUGAGAUUGACAGAGAGAAACUAAAGCUUCAACAUGUCAAGAAAAGAUCCACGAGAGAUCUGUGGCUCAUGGAUGGGAUGAACAGCAGUAAUGCUCAGGAAACACAAAAAGCUCUUGAAGAUGCACAACAAACUAAGCAACUCAAGAGCACCAUACAUCGGAUAGAGAAAGAGAUUGAAGCGUUGGAGAGAGAGGAAAUGAACAUCUCAACAAAUGAGGGGCUGAUUCUAAAGAGGCUCAAAGCCAUUGAAAAGUCUCCAGAGGACAUCAUUAAGGCAGUAAAUGCAGAUUUCACAUCAGAGCCGAUCUAUAUUCAUUCAACAAUUCCAAACAUGCGAAAGCCCAGCACACCCCUGAUAAACCAGAGGAAGAAACAAGACCUUGAAACUGAAGCAAAAACCGACCAAGCCAAACCUGCUUUGUUCGCCAUGGAAAUUAACGUUCAGAAGGACUUGCGCACAGGUGAAAGCCAAGUCCUCUCCACCUCCACCAUUUCUCCCCAAGAGCUCCAGCAGAAAGGCAUUAAAGUGUACGACGAUGGCCGGAAGUCGGUCUACGCCCUGCGUACGGAUGGCCACCAGCCUGGUGGGAACGGAGUGGAUGAACUCAGUCCCGUUGAGGUCGAGGAGCUGCUGAGACAGGCGUCUGAGAAAAAGAAGCGGUCCAAUCAGGUUCAGGUUCCCUACAACCUCUCCCAUGAGGCCAGUAAAAUCCGAGAGGGCCACGAAUCCAAUGGAUACCAAGAUCCAUAUAGCGUUGACUUAUCAGCAUGGCCUGAGCUUGUGUACAGUGAUGGUGUGUGCUAUCCAGAGAACGUGGGUCAUGGACUUCCUCUCCUGCCAAUGCCUAAUUACAAUGACAGACCAGACGAAUACUAUCACAACAGAGGGGAAAGACACACGCAUGGACAGUAUUACAACCAAAGAGAGAACCACCGGGGAAUGCGACUUUUGGAUUGUGACAUCAGAAACCACAGUCCGUGUUCCGCCUAUUCUGAGGACUCCAAACUCAGCGUCCUGAAUGCCAUGCCAUCGGACGAGCCCGUCACCAUGAUCUUCAUGGGAUACCAGAAUUCCGAAGAUGACAGCCAGAGCUAUGAGGGCUCAGUUCGGGCAGAACUGGUGGUCAUUGGAGAUGGUGAAGAUGAAGCGAGCAAGAGCUUGAACCCUCAUCAAAACUCCAAUGCCUUUAUCUGCUCUGCAGGACGGAAGGGCAAAAGAGACGGCACGGAGGACCCAUCAACUUCAGCAUUACAGAUACAGAUGGAGAAACUGGGCCAAACUGCAUAACACGCACAUUUUGUGUAACUCACACUCUGGGAACUCUGAGAUUGUCCAGAGUGGCCAGCAAGACAAGAAACGUGAACCAACAUCUCAGCGGAGUCUUCUGAAAGUGAAAUAAGGAUGUGUUAUUAAUACUUUUUGAGAAAAUAAUUCAAUUCUAACUCUUUGCAACUUUAAUUUACUCCUGGACAUAAUUUACGUACAAUUUUAAUGACAAUAGUGCUUGAAAGAAAUACAACGCACUAAUAGCUGCUGCUAUAUUUUUCAUUUUGAAGACUGUGCCUUAAGGAGGUUGCGUUUGUUGGCCACAUUCAUCAUUGAGGACGUCUCAUUUAAGAAAAUUAAAGGGUCAUAUGAUGCGAUUUCAAGUUUUCCUUUCUCUUUGGAGUGUUACAAGCUGUUUGUGCAUAGAUAAGAUCCCUAAAGUUGCAAAGACUAAAGUCUCAAACCCAAA